GGGAUCCUCGAACAUUCAACAAUGGCUCGCAUGGGGAGGUUGGGCUUUCUCGCCGUGGCGGUAGCCUUUCAUCUGAUAUAUGCCUACUCAAUCUUUGACAUAUACUUUGUCAGUCCAAUUGUCAGUGGCAUGCGCGAGUACAGCGUAGCACACCAACAAGAAGCUCCCGCAAAGCGACUCGUACUUUUCGUUGACAAGGCCUUCCAGUACUUUCCCAAUCCUUCCCCUGGCGCCGAACAAGAGGCCGACUGGCAAGAACCGCGUCCUCUUGCUCCCUUUCUGCGAUCGCGCGUUCUCGAGCAUGGCACCUUUGGUGUAUCGCAUACUCGAGUCCCCACCGAGUCCAGACCUGGCCACGUCGCUCUCAUCGCUGGCUUAUACGAAGACGUUUCGGCCGUCGCCACGGGUUGGAAGCUGAAUCCUGUCAACUUCGACAGCGUCUUCAAUCGCAGUCGUCAUACUUGGAGCUGGGGUAGCCCUGACAUUCUGCCCAUGUUUCAGGAAGGCGCAGUUCCUGGUCGAGUAGAUGCAUUCAUGUAUGGUGCCGAAGAGGAGGACUUUAGUAAGGAUGCGACUCACUUGGACACUUGGGUCUUUGAAAGAGUAGAGGAAUUGUUCGCAAGCGCCAGUCAGGACCCGGAACUGAACCAACGUCUGAGACAAGACAAGAACGUCUUCUUUNUGCACCUCUUGGGCUUGGACACCACUGGUCACUCGUACCGCCCCUACUCUCGCGAGUAUUUGCACAAUAUCAAAGUUGUUGAUGAAGGUGUCCAAAAGAUUACCGCCUUGAUCGAUGAUUUCUACGCCGACGACAAGACUGCCUAUGUCUUUACUGCUGACCAUGGUAUGAGUGAUUGGGGAAGUCAUGGUGAUGGACAUCCAAACAACACCAGAACUCCAUUGAUUGCCUGGGGCUCUGGAGUUGCCAAACCUGUCACUGUAUCUUCUGGUCUGGCUUCUGGUCAUGAAGAUGGUUUCUCUUCUGAUUGGCACCUCGAUCACGUCCAGCGCAAUGAUGUCGCUCAAGCAGAUAUUGCUACUCUCAUGGCAUAUCUUGCCGGGCUUCCUUUCCCUGUCAAUUCGGUGGGUGAGUUGCCUUUGGCCUUCUUGUCGGCAGAUCAGCAGACCAAGGCUCAAGCAAUGUUGGUCAAUGCUCAAGAAAUCCUGGAAAUGUACCGCAUCAAGGAACAUCAAAAGAAGAACACUGUGCUUCGCUACAAACCUUUCCCAGGCUUUGCCGAUGACCAACACUCUCCAGAUCAUCGUCUUGAGGCCAUUGAAGACCACAUCAGCCAGGGACAAUAUGAGCAGGCAAUUCAUGACUCUGAUGCUCUCAUGAAGAUGGGUUUAGAGGGAUUGAGAUACCUUCAAACUUACGACUGGCUUUUCUUGCGUGCGCUCGUCACAUUGGGAUAUCUGGGCUGGAUGGCAUUUGCCUUCACUUUUGCUCUGGAUCAACACGUCUUUAGUGGCAAAGUUGACGCGACUCGAUCUACCACGACAACGACUGUAUUCUCUAGCAUCUUUGUCGCACUUCUUGCCUUGCUACUCGUCCAAUCUUCUCCAUGGACUUACUAUGCAUAUGCAUUCUUUCCAGUCAUGUUCUGGGAAGAGGUCUUUGCCCGUCGUCAGGUGCUCCUCCAGGCCAAAACUGUCUUCUCUCAACAACUCUCUGGCAAAAAUUUCUUGAGCCUCGGGUUGAAUCUGCUCGUCUUUGUUGGAGUCCUCGAGAUUAUGGUUCAAAGUUAUUACCACCGAGAGAUGUACACGGUUUGUUACCUCUUGGCCAUCUUUUGGCCAAUCUCAUAUGGACUCAAAUUCUUGCGUCAAAAUUGGGUCAUUUCUGCUACAUGGGCAUUGGCAUGUGCUUCCAUGAGUGUCUUUACUGUUUUGCCUGCCCUAAAGAUCGAAGAUGCUCGAUUGAUUCUCCUGGGUGGUUUACUCAUGCUUUUGGUGGGUAUUCUGUACAUUGCCUUUGACAAGAGUAUCCUCGUUACAACUGGAUCGACCCAGGCUGGUCUCGCUGCACCAAAGGCAGACCAGAUCUCUAGAGUUCUCACUGGCGUGCAAAUUGGCCUUGUCGCAUUGGCCAUGAUUGUCACACGUUCAAGUGUCGCUUCACUACAGGCGAAGACUGGUCUGCCCCUGGGUGCGCAGGUCACUGGCUGGGUAGUGUUGGUGUCAUCUUUGAUCCUGCCUUUUGCCCACUCAUUCUCGCCCAACAACCACUAUCUUCAUCGAUUAAUGGUCGUAUUUCUUGCAUUUGGUCCCAUGUUCAUCAUUCUCACCAUCAGCUAUGAGGGCCUCUUUUAUUUUGCAUUCAGCUGUACCUUAAUCACCUGGGUCAGGCUCGAACACCGCAUCUACCGCGCUUUCACAACCAAAGGCUCUUUACCUCCGCCCACAAGUCCUGUAUCGGAUCUCAACCCUUUGGCACCUGCCUUGGCAGCAUCCACAGAUCGUGUGACUGCCCUCGAAAAGCACGAAUAUCGCUCCCUGACUUUGGCCGACGCGCGUAUCGCCCUCUUCUUCCNNCUCUACCUGCUGCAAUCCGCCUUCUUUAGCACAGGAAACAUUGCCUCGGUGUCUUCGUUCAGUCUGGAUGCCGUAUCUCGCCUCAUCCCCGUCUUUGAUCCCUUCUCGCAGGGUGCAUUGCUCGUCCUCAAGAUCUUUGCACCCUUUGCUCUUGUUUCGGCAAACCUGGGCUUAUUGACCCGCCGUCUGAGACUCAAGUCUGGCGCCCUGUUUGCACUGGUCAUAGCAAUCGGAGAUUGGCUGACGCUGAGAUUCUUCUGGAGCGUGCGUGACGAGGGCAGUUGGCUUGAGAUUGGUGAGAGCAUUAGUGUUUUCGUCAUUGCAAGUGCACUUUGCGUCUUUGUUGCUGGACUCGAAAUGGUCAGUGAAGCCUUUGUUCGAGGCAUCGAGUUUGAUGACGAAGUUGACAAGGCUUCGUCGGGUAAUGGCAAGGUCAAUGGCGUCAAGACAGAAUAG